AACCCUGAUUAUUACUUGUCUUCGUCAUUUUAGUUCUAAAAAUUGUGAAAGAAAAAAUUUAUUUCUGUUGAAUUAAAAUAAAAUAUUAGUGGAUAAAUAUGGCGAGUCUUGGGGGUGAACACGAAAUUUCAACAAACGAUCUACCAGCCGAAACAACAAAAAGAACAGAAAGCCGGGAAGGCAGUGUAGAAAGAAAAGCAGCCAAAGAGCGUGACGAUAAAUUGAAAGUUGCUCGAGAACGUCAAAAUGAGGAGAGACAAAGAAAAAUCGAGGAGCUAAAGGCUCAAGCGGAAGCAGCACAAAGAUAUCGUGAACAAAAAGAAGAAGAACGCCGACGAAGAAUCGAUGAAAUACGACAAAGGGACUCGGAAAAGCGUACACAGGUUGAAGAACGAAAGAAGGCUAUAAUGGAAGCCGAAAAAGAAAGACGUGAAUAUAUACAGCGAAAAAAUAUGGAAAGAGAAUCAAGAAUCGAAGUAAAAAAACGAGAACGAAAUUCAAUUGGUUAUGCUUUUGGUUCGUCAACACCUCGCCUCUUAGAGCCCGCCGAUUUUGGCAUGGUAUCGCCCAGUACAUUUUGGGGUCAGAGAAGGUCAACUUCAAUAUCAAAUGUUGCUGGUGCUUCACUUUCACGUCGUAGUUCAGAGCGUGAACUUAACGAUUGUGGCUCUAAAAAGCGUGCAACAUCGGCCAGUGGCACAGACAGACAUGAGGAUCAUCAUCGACGUAGUAGAACAUCAAUGUAUGAAGUAUUUAAUUGGGGCUAUAUCAAUGAUGAGCCACCCAAAAGAUUUUCACUUUCAAUUGUUGGUAGUGAAAUUAACAUAGAUGGACCACCACUACCAGCAGCACCAAUAACCACGUCAACUACUGCGAAUGCAACUACAAACGUCAUCAGCAACACCAAAAACACAACCAACACAGAGAAUAGUCAUCAUAACAAUCAUCAUUAUAGACAAUAUUCAAAUCAUAAUAAUUUCUAUACAUCUGCUAAGGAAGAUAAUGUUGACGCCUCACAUAUCGUGUUUCGAAGUGUGGCCAGAAGAAAAACUGACCUUAUGCCAACAAUACCGAGUCCCAGGGAUGGCCAUUACGGUUCCCGAUCGUCAUUAAGUAAUACACCUUCUAGAACACCAGGACGUGCAUUUUCCAUGAACCGUUUGGAUCAACUGGCUCAACCCAUUCGCCGCAAUGGCGAACACAUACGAGCCAUUCUAGAACGUGAACGUCGCGAACAAUUGGAAAUGAUGGAUGAGACCGAAUCUCUGGGCGGUGGCCGACGCUCAGGCCGCAAAGCUGGCUCCGCUGGAUCGAGUGGCAAAAUGUCGCGCAGUAUGAUACAUUUGGCUGGUGAAGGGGCACCACGUCCCAAAUAUAAUUUAGGUGGGGGCAUUUCCACCAGCUUUUUACCAUUGGGUAGCGGCAGUAGAAAUGCCUGUAUGAGUAUGACACAACUGGGACAUUAUUGUUGCAAUGAUAACAGUAAUGCCACCUGGUCGUCGUCAUCCUUUGCAACACCUACACGCUCGAAUUUAGGCUUACAAACUGCCGCCACCAAAAAAUAUCUACAAUCAUCACUAGCUUCAUCUGCAUCCAACACGUCUAAACGAGGCCAGAUCUCUAAUACUAACCUCUACCGUUUCGAUACAGACUCAUUGUUACUCAUGAACUCUCCUAGUUUACUCUUAAACCCAGGUUCACGAUCUGGCACAGUAACUCCCGGCGGCCACACGACUUCACGACCCGGCAGUGCCAUGUCCACAUCCACUACAAUGUCAACAUCUGGGUUUAUCAACAGACGAUCAAUGCCAGCUGCUCGCAAACCCCGUCCAGCCAGUAUUGCCGGUACGGUUGUAUCGGUAGAUGAAAUAAAUAAACUUAAAAAAGAAAAUAAACCGCCCGUGAAGAAUGUAUCACUUUCACCCUCAACAUCCGCACAAACCACACCUAAGCGAUCAACGAAUAUGAUGUCCACAUCUCUUAUUGUGACCUCAUCAUCCUCGCGUCUUUUCAGCGCCGAAAAGAAGACACCAAUCAAAAGGGAACCGCUUACUCCCAAAGUCUCAACACCAAAGCCGCUUUCAAAAACAGCCAGUUCGGAUCGCUUGCACAAAUUGAGCAAAGAAAAAUCUAAAGAUAUAAUGUCCAAAUCGGCCAUAACGCCUCCCAUUAAGCAGACAAUGUCCAGUAAUGGCAAAGACCAUCAAAAUGCUGCCACCAAGAGCAAAGAACAGAAAGAAGCACUUAACCAAGUCAAGACAGAGGAAUCCCUUACUAAAACCACACCUCCUCAGCCACCCGCUGAAGUUAAGCAGAACGGCGGAGAAGGCGGUGAGGUGGAAUCGAAAAAACACUCUGAUAAUGAUGAUGGUAUUAAGGAAAGUUCCCUUGUUGAGGUCUCACCUCAACACGAAGAAAAGGCUGAUGAGGGCACUGAAAAAGAACCGGAUACUGAAUCGGAAUCGACUUCAAUUGCAUCAGUGCCACAGAAACCGAAAUCUCGCAGUGGCAGUAAGGAAGGUUCAAUGGUGCGUGACUUGCCUCCUGCACCGUUGGUCGACAACAAUGAUGCAAUGACUGCUUCUAUGAUGGCAAAGAGUAAAAUUACUACCGAGGAAGAAGCCAAGGCUGCUUUGGCCGAAAGACGACGGUUGGCUCGAGAAGAAGCCGAAAGGCAGGCCGAAUUGGAAAGACAACGUUUGGAAGCUGAACGAUUGGCUGAGUUGAAACGGCAAGAAGAGGAGGCAGAACGCCAGCGUCAGUUCGAAGAAGAAGCUAUGCGUCUAGCCGAAGAGCAACGUAAGGCCGAAGAGGAGCGUUUGCGUCAAGCCAUAGAGGAAGCAAAACAACGCGAAGAAGAGGAAAGGCAAAAACGCGAAGAUGAAGAGAAACAGCGCAUAGAACGUGAAGAAGCCGAAAAGAAGGCCAAAGAAGAAGCCGAAAAACAAAAGAUUGAGGUCGCAGAACGCCUAAAGCGCGAGGAAAAAGAACGCGAAGAAAGACGAAAACGUGUAGAAGCUAUUAUGUCACGUACCCGCAGAGGUGGUGCCGCCACCAACACACCAAAUUCCACUCCUACAAAGGAAAAUAAUAACUCUCCCAAACCAAUAGAUGCAGUGGCCACUCCUACUGGUGAAACAAAUCCUGUGGAAGCAGAAGCUCAACAUCUCACACCAAAUUCAAACAACAUCAGUGACACAAACAUUUCAUCUGAAUCCACCACACCAAUAAUACCAACAAAUUCCGAAGUCAUAAACAGCAGUAAUGACAACAGUGGUCCUACAUCAGGUUCUAGCACCACAUCCAUAACACCAUCAACUCCAGCAACCGCAUCACAACCUGAAACUCAAUCGCAAAUACAGCAGUCAACGCCUGUAAUUGCUGCCAAUAUCGCCAACACCACCACCACUGAACCUCAGAACACACAAGCGAUGUAUGAGCAAUCGGUUAUUGAUAAAGAAAACUCCCUCAUCAAUAGUUUUUCCAAUAUGAUUAUUGAUGAGAAUGUCAAGAAUAUUCAACAAAACUUGCAGCAGCAACAGCAAAUACAAGCGCAAAUAGUUGCUGAAGAAACAAAUGGCAAACAAAUCUUUGUCGAAUUGCAGAAUAAUGACACCAAUACAACAACGCCACAAUCGGUAGCUAAUGGCAAUGGCCAUCACAUAGAAAGUAUUAACAACAAGAAUGAUAUCGAUCUUUUACAAACAGUGGUACCAUCAACUAACCAAUUGAUUGAUUUGAGUCUUGAACCACAAGACACUGUUAAUUUCAACAAUAAUAAUAGUUUAAUAACAACAACUACUACAACGCUAGUCACUGCUGAUAGUCAUGAAAACAAAGAUAUUUCAUUGCUGUGAGUUUAUGGAUAGAUAGAAGGAAAUAACCGAGAUUAUUGGAUGUAUAGGUCUAUGUAUCACCACAUAUACAUAUAUACACAUAUAUAUAUUGAAUGCAACAAAACAAGUGGUUAGUUAGUUCUUCAUAAAAAGACCACAAUGAUGAUGAUGACAAUGAGAUGAUUGUGUUGAAAAUAAUGCUGAUGCCGCUGUGUGAAGAGAAGAGAGAAAAAACAAACGAAAGAUAGGCCACCAAAAGAGAUAAAAGAAUGGUUUGAUGAAUAAGGGAGUUGUACAAUGACUCCAAAAUCUGAUGCUCGAAAGAGAAUACAGAGGAGAACAAUAAUAACAACAAAAUACAGACACAUCCAUCCUCUGCAGAUAUCCACAUAUAUACACAUACACACAUAACGAAAAAGAAAUUACGCGACAAAUUAUGGUUACUAUAAAACUAUAUAUAUACACACACACACAUACAUACAUACAAACAAACAUAUAUACAAAAAAAUAACUCUAAAAGCUUUUGGAAAAAUUAUUAUUAUUAUUAUGUGAAAACACUAUGUUUAAACAUGAAAAAUGCGAGAAAAAAACAUCCUAAAGAAAAAAAUAUAACAGUUAGCUUAGUUUGUAGAUAAUUAUUUAAACAAAAACCGAAAUCUUAUUUAAAACUGCUUCUUUUAAAGAAUCCUAAAUUAUUUUAUUUUCGAAAAAAAACGGCCAGCAUUGCUCUAUGAAAAGAAAAAAUUUACUGGACAAAAACGCUUCUCAAAACAAACAGAAAAAAACUAAAAAAUAAUAUAAAAGCGUUUUCAAAAUAUUGUUUAUCAUCAUUCGUUUAUACCAUUUUUGUUUUUCCAUAACAAAAAAAAAAAACAUAACAUUUUGUAUUUUCUUUUAACAGUGUGCCUAAUAAUUAGAGCAAAUUUUUUCUUUUUGGAGAAAACAACAAAAAUUAUACACAUAUAUAUAAAUAUACAUCCAUGCCUAGCAAUAUUUAUAUAUGUAGAUGAUGAAGAAAUAGAACAUACUAUAUAAUAUAUAUAAAUUAUAUAAAACAAAAGAAAGCAAAAUUUAGAUAUUUGUUGAAUACCAAGACCGAUCGAUUACAAGAUGACUCAUAAGCAAAACAAAAAAAAUUUUACGUAUCCAAAAAAAGGGCAGAAUGUUUGUAAUGUGUGUUUUUUUUUCUUUGUAAGUGGUGGAAUUUUCGUCUGUUUUGGUACUUUCUCAAAAGACAAACAUUCAAUGCACAAAUAUAGUUUGUUCGUUAUUUAAGGCCUUUGGGCUAAAUUUGCUACUUGUUUUAUUGUAUGAAAAAUAAGAAGAAAAAUCAAAGUCUUUAGUCUCCUCUUGCUGUUUAAAUCAAAUGUAUGAGCGCAUAUAAAUUUCUGUAAAGAUAUUCUGCCUUUUUCCCUUGCCCUCCACCAACGCCCCACUCUUUCAUUCACUCACUGGCAAAAGAGCUUUUCUCCUUGUACCACUUGUUUUCUUGUAAAUCGUGUUUAGGUUAUUUUGUCAAUGAAAUUGUGCAACAAUUAUUCGAUAUAUUUUGUAUUUAAAUAUUAUUUUUAAUAUUACAAAAAUAAAAUAAAAUAAAAAAACACAUAUGGUAGCAUUAUAGGUUAAAAUAAUUUAUAUUAAAAAUUAAAAAAAAAACUGAAACGUAAACAUAAACAUAAACAACAAAAAAUCAAUAUCAAACUUAAUUAACAUCCGCCUCUGUAAUAAAAUACAAAUUAUAAAGGGAAAAUUGGAAGAUAUAAAUUUGUGAAGAAAUUUAAGCAAAAUAAGGGUCUGAUUGUAAUUUUCAAAAACAAACAAAAAACAAAAUAAUGCUUGUGAGAAAUUCAAGCCUCUUUAAGAGAAGGCAAAAAAAACAUUUGUAUUUUAUGUAGUUAAUGUUAAUUAUAAAAUAUUAUUUCUUAUAUUAAAACCUUUUUUGUAUUACCAAUAAUAUUUAAACCAACCAACAAAAUUAUGCUUUGAUCUACAACUGUUUUAA